GUGGGGGUGCGGUCGGUCGGUGGGUCGCUCGCUCGCUGGGUCGGCCAGGAUGUGCUCCCAACAGCCAUGGUACCACGGCAACAUCACCCGCUCCAUGGCGGAGGGACUGCUCUCCAACGCCGCCAAGGACGGCAGCUUCCUGUUGAGGGACAGCGAGUCCAUACAGGGCGCAUACGCGCUGUGUGUGCUGUACCAGAACUGUGUGUACACCUAUAGAAUCCUGCCCAAUGAGGAGCGGAAACUCUCUGUGCAGGCAUCGGAAGGGGUGCCUAUCCGUUUCUUCUCGGUGCUGUCGGAGCUGGUGGAGGCCUACCACAAGGAGAACAUGGGACUGGUGACACGGCUGCAGUACGCCGUGCAGAAGGAAGAGGAGCCGGAGGAUGAACAAGAGCCGUGCAGCCUACCUCCUCAACUGCCACCCCGGAACUUCCCCGGGAACGACAAAGAGGAGUCGCUGAAGGGCGGCGAGAUGACACACACCUCCGUCUCAGACCUUUUCCUCCACCGUCUGCAGCACGUGGACAUGUCAAGUAUUCCUGACGACCAUCAGAAGUCUAUCCUGGAGUAUUUCCAUUAUAAUAUUGCAGUGGACGCUGAGCAGGUGCAGAGUGGCAACCCCACGCUUCCCAACCUGAAGAAGUUGACCUUUAACCUCUGCAAAAACCUCAACAGUGAGAUCAACAGAGCGUUGCCCAGUCUUGAGGCUCUGCAGAAGGUUCUGGAACAGCCCCUCUCUCCUGGAGGACGCCUUAGGAGCUUUCUCUCUGGUGACUCCAACCAAUCAGUGGCCUUCAAGCUGGAACAGUUGACCAAGUUGCUGUACUCAAUAGAGGACAAGACGAAGAGCGCAGUGUUUGAAUCUGUUGGAUACGAUGGAGGACACAGGAACUCCCUCAUUCCUCCUGUCACAUUUGAGGUAAAAUCAGAUACCUUAGGUCUCUCCAUCAAAAUGUACCUGAAAGUGGAUGUGGAGAGCGGAAAACUGUUCUUCAAGAAGUCUAAGGAUGGCCCAGAGGACAAGUACUAUGUGCACAACAAGAUACUGCAGCUGGUAAAGUCUCAGAAGAUCCAGACUAAACUGGUCAUCUCGCUGGAGACAGAGAAGGAGAAGACAUUGAAGAAGGAGUUUGUCUUUGACGACUCAAAGAAAAGAGAAGGCUUCUGUCAGCUCCUGCAGCAGAUGAAGAAUAAGCACUCGGGAAAGGCGGAGCCAGACAUGAUCAGUCUGUUCGUGGGCACCUGGAACAUGGGAAAUGCCAACCCCCCGCAAAACAUCACGUCCUGGUUCCAGUCGAAGGGUCAGGGGCGGACCCGCGACGACACGGCCAAUCAGAUCCCUCACGACAUCUACGUGAUCGGCACGCAGGAGGAUCCUCUGGGGGAGAAGGAGUGGAUGGACAUCGUCAAGGGCGCGCUCAGACACAUCACCAACAUUAGCUUCAAACUGGUGGCCUCCCAGACUCUGUGGAACAUCCGCAUCAUCGUGCUGGCCAAGCCAGAACACGAGAACCGCAUCUCACACAUCUUCUCCGACAGCGUGAAGACUGGCAUCGCCAACGCUCUGGGCAACAAGGGUGCGGUUGGUGUCUCCUUCAUGUUCAAUGGCACUCCAUUUGGCUUCGUCAACAGCCACCUUACCUCAGGCAGCGAGAAGAAACUCAGGCGAAACCAAAACUACUGCAGCAUCCUGCGCUUCCUGAACCUGGGUGACAAGAAGCUGAACCCCUUUGACAUCAACCAUCGCUUCACACACCUCUUCUGGCUCGGGGACCUCAACUACCGCAUAGAGAAACCCUCUGGUGAAGCGGAGAACAUUGUGGCGCGCAUCAAGCAGCAGCAGUACACAGACCUCCUCAGGGCCGACCAGCUCAACCUUGAGAAACAGGAGGGCAGGGUCUUUCUGCACUUCGAGGAGGAGGAGAUCACCUUUGCCCCCACGUAUCGCUUUGAGCGGGACACACGGGAGAAAUAUGCCUACAUCAAAAACAAAGCCACAGGGAUCAAGUUCAACCUGCCGUCCUGGUGUGACCGAGUGCUGCGUAAGUCCUAUCCCCUGGUGCACGUGGUGUGUCACUCCUAUGGUUGCACCAAUGACAUCAUGACCAGUGACCACUCCCCCGUCUUCGCUACCUUUGAUGUGGGCGUGUCCUCACAGUUCAUUUCCAAACAUGACCCCACCAAGGACUCUCAGGGUGUUAUCAAGUUCAUGAACUGCGUGGCCAUCCUCACCACAAAGUCCAAGACCAAGUUCUUCAUAGAGUUCCAUUCUUCCUGCCUAGAAAAGUUUGUGAAGAGUCCAGAGGGGGAUAACCAGGAGACUCCUGAGGACUCCAUCAGGGUACGCUUUGGGAGCCAAGUGGAGCUCAUCCCCAUCAUUGCCGACCCAGAAUACCUGCUGGAUCAACACAUCCUCAUCAGCAUCAAGGCCACAGACUGUGAUGAGUCCUAUGGUGAGGGGUGUGUAGCGCUGCGUGCAGCGGAGAGUGCCUACACCGAGUUCCACAUCACACUGACCCACCAUGGGGAGCGCACAGGCACGCUCUCUGGAGGCAUACAGGUCCACACCUCAGAGGGCAAGCAGACAGAGAAGCUCUACGACUUUGUGAAGGUGGAGCGGGAUGACUCCGGUGCUUCCAGGGGCAAAGGCGACCACAACAGGUCAGCAAUGAGUGCUGUGGACUUCAGCAACCCCAGCUACAUGGGCGUGGGCUACAAGAGCCAGGUGGACAAGGGCUGGAGCUACAGCAUGCCCGACAAGAAGCCCAACACCUACACGCACGGCGGCAAGGACUCUGGAGUGGGGAACGUCUCGCCCAAGAAGACCUACGACCACAGCAUACGCAGCCCCACAGGGAAGGCCGGAGAACCUGCUAAAGGCGAGGAUGAGCAGCCGGCGGAGAUGUUCGAUAACCCGCUGUACGGCUCGAGGACCCGCGGCUCCAAAGACACCGACGCCCUCCCGCACAAGGACCACCUCUCGCCCCCGGAGACCAUGUUCACCUUCCCCAAGCCGACCGAGGCAGGGGGAGGAGGGGGGCAGCUGGAUCCUGGCGACCGGGGCCCGCCCUUACCAACCCCCCGCAACCGCUCCUACACCUACUCCGACACCAAGCCCCAGCCCACGCCCCCUAGCUGCGGCUCGGGGUCCUCCUCCACGCCCCCCACCCCCAGCGCCGGCCUGCAGCCCCAGUCCUACACCAAGAAGCCCGUGGUGCCCUCGCGCUCCGAGGGAGGCAUGGCUAUGAUGGGCAUCAGGCCCCCCCUGCCCAUCAAGAUCCAGGGGGGGCAGACCCACCUCAAGCCCCGGGACUACAGGGACACCUCGGAGCUCCCCAACAAGCUACGCGGACCCAGCAGGCCCAGCCCCCCCAUACCCAAGGAAGCACAUCAUGAGCCGCCUCCAGCACAGAAGAUGGGCAGACCCAUGAAGUGACCACAGCCCCCCUCGUCACACACAGCUCCUGCACAUAAGUCUGUGUGUACGUGUGUGUGCGUGUUUGUGUGCGUGUGUGUGCGUGUGUGCGUGCGUGCGUGUGUGUGUGUGCGUGCGUGUGUGUGCGCGUGUGUGACAGUCCCUGUCUCAGUAUAUCUGUAGCAAAGUCGCUGGAGUUUUUCCUUGAUUUUUUUUAGCAAGGGCACAUGUGUUUGCUGUUCAGUUUCAGACCGAUGUUACCACUGUGUGUCAUGACAUUUCCUGUAAGAGCAGAGGCAUGAUGUGUUGUUCCUUUUUAUAAACUCUUACCUUCACCUAAAAUUAUAAAUGCUCUUUAUGGGGCUUUGACCCAUUCAACCAGGGGUGUCAAUCCGUGGUUCAGAAAGUGAACAUUUGAUCAUAUCAGCUCUGAAUCAGUUGAUCUUAGUGAGUAAUCAAGACAGGCUGAUCAGCUACUUGGAGAAAUCAGCUGUGUUAGAAGGGGGACAUUGGAGAUAUCAAUUUACUUACUGAAUCUAGAAUUGACACACACCUGCAUUCAAGGCUUUUUUAUGUAUGACUGCAUCCGUGUACAUUGGGAAACACUGGAGAAAUAAAAUUAUUACCUCCGCCAAGGAGGUUAUGUA